CGGGCCAGGCCGGAGCAGCACCAUGCCCUUGCCGAGGCGCCGGUCGUCCUUCCUGGGCCAGCAGCCCUCCGCCUCCGCCACCGAGAGCUCAGGGCCGCCCGGCCGCCGGCUGAGCAUCGGCGGUGCGGGGAGCCUGUCCAGACCCCCCGGUGUCUACGUGGGCACCGUCCCCACGGGCGGCGUGAGCAGCUUGGGCACCCGCGUGUCCCGCAGAGCCCUGGGCAUCAGCAGCGUGUUCCUGCAGGGGCUGCGCAGCUCCUCGGCCGCCGUGCCCUUGGCCGCGGGGCUGGAGAAGGGCCGGGGUCUCUCAUACGAGAGCCUCAACAGCUGCUUGGUGGAGUACAUCGAGAAGGUGCGAGCGCUCGAGCAGGUGAACCAGGAGCUGGAGGAGCACAUCAGAGUGUACCUGGACAAGAAAGCGGCCAGCGUGGGCAGCUGGGGAGCGCUGCGGGAGAACUGGGAGGCCAUCUACCAUCAGGUGGGCGAAGCAGUCCUCGAAAAUGCUCGUCUUAUGCUGCACACUGAGAAUAUUCAAGCCUGUGCUGAAGAUUUUAAAGACAGGUAUGAAAAUGAGCAGCCAUUCAGAAAGGCAGUGGAAGACGAAAUUAAUUCGCUAUAUAAAGUGAUUGAUGAUGCUAAUUUAACUAAAAUGGAUCUGGAGAGUCAGAUAGAGAGCAUGAAAGAAGAACUAACUUUGCUGUCAAAGACUCAUGAAGAAGUAAGUCCAGACUCGGGACACUGCAAAGCCAAUGUGUGCCUGUUUCAUCCGGAUGUGAAGGUAUUAUACAAGCAGCUAGCGGGAUCUCAGCUGGAAGAACUGGAUGUUCCCCUGGGAAGUGGCCUGGAUGACAUCCUGGAAAAAAUCAGAAUCCACUGGGAGAGAGACAUUGAAAAGAAUCGUGCUGAGACAGGAGCCCUGCUUCGUACCAAGGUUAUGAUGACAGUGGCAAUCCUUUACCAGCAGCAGGCCGAAGCGACCGCGGCCGUGCGAACCCAGGAGGAGGAGCUGGUGGAGGGCCUCAGGACCGAGUUCCAUGAAACCGCCUGCAAAAUACAGAGCUUGCAAGCAGAAACGGAAUCCUUGAGGACCUUGAAGAGGGGUCUGGAGAACUCUUUAUAUGACGCCAAGCACUGGCACGACAUCGAGCUGCAGAACCUAGGCUCUGUCAUUUCCAAGCUGGAGGCAGAGAUGGGGGAAAUCAAAAUGGAAACCGAGCAGCAGCAGCGGGAUCGUGAAAAUCUGCUGAGCAGCAAACAACAGCUGGAGAAAGACAUUGCUGCGUACCACUGCCUUCUGGAUGGAGAACACAGCAGCUGAUUAUGAAACUCCCAGCCCACAGAAGACCACUGCCAUGCGAGCGAAAGAUGUCACUGCCCAUUCUGUCCAUGGAAGCUAAAAACCCAAAAAGCAGCCUGCUCUAUUCAGUUUGACUCAACAAUCGAAGUAGGUUGUAGCUUGAACAACUUUAUUAGACCCUCCUCACGUAAUUGCUUUGCUUACAGAUUCCAAUUUACUCAUGUUGUUAAAAUUAUAAUAAACAUACAGAAGAUCA